CCCGCACCUGAUAGCAUCAAUCGUGGCCAGCAUGGACAUUGCAGAUUGCUGUCUACACAGUACGUAUGGCCUAACCGCCGACAAGGUUACGUUGCACCUCGAUCGAGAGCUGCCCCACGGACGUGCCGUGCAUCAAAACGUCGUCAACUGCAAUCAUACUAAGAAGACUACCAGACGUCGAAUCGGUAGAAAUCUUGGAUCUCUAGCUCACACCUGCCUCGGUUCCAAAAGUCCUGUUGAUGCGCUCUUUGGCCUCUAUCAAGAUAAUCAAAAGGCAUUGCCAAACCAAAUGCCACUUGUUUGGUAGUCUCCACGCGCAGAAAGAAGAAGCAGGCGAACCGGUAGCUGGCCCUAAGACGAGAAGUACGUGGUCGUGGCACAAUUCGAUUCGAAUUUUAGUUCGAAUCCUCACGCAUGGGUAAAUUCCGCUCUCGGAGCGGCUGCCUUACAUGUCGAGUGCGGCGCGUCAAGUGUGACGAAACUCGCCCCGUAUGCAAGGCCUGUGGCAAGAAGAACCGCCCUUGCCAAUGGGAAGAGCCCCAUACCAAGUUCAAGGAUUACCGGCCUGAUGGACCCUCAUCGAUUAAAUCUGCCACGGGCGGCACCGACGAGGAAAACGAUGCCAAGGGAGACGUGAUGGAUGUGGAUGAUGUCAAUAGUGUCGAGAGAGGACAUGACAUGGUUCGUGCCGAACGUGCGAGCGAGGGAGGCCGCAGCCGGGACAAUUCACCGAGAAUACGGAAAAACAGUCGGGCCGACGGUUUGUCAGAAGGCCAGGCCAGCGUCUCUUCCCCGUCGGCGACGCUGUCGCCGCCUUCGCCCUACUAUGUCCAAAGACCAAAGAGUACGUCGGGUGGUGUGUCGGUGGCUAGUUUGCUGCAGUCGCACAACCCGGAAGGCUUACCAGAGAGUUCGCUGCCGUCGCAUAGCCGGGGGAGCAUGCAGCACGAGGCACACUCGCGUCCCUCUGAAAGCACACAUAGACCAGAUGCCAUGCCAGAGGGCACGAGAGCUUACUCGUCACAGCCCACUCCUCUGACCCAUGCAGAGGCCCUGCUAGUACAUCACUACACGGAGCAUCUUGGCCGCUGGCUUGACUGCACCGACGCAACCCGUCAGUUCACACUGGGAGUGCCGGAAAAGGUCAAACACUGCCCAGUACUAUGCCAUGCUGUCCUUUCUUUUGCUGCCCGUCACUGCAGGGAGGGCACGACGGCGGAAGCAGCGUAUGAGCGCUGCAUAGCCCUGCUCAUUGAACGACUUAACGAAGACGCCGCUAGCCAGGACGAGACUCUUUUAUGCGCCAUCGUCAUAUUACGCUUCUUCGAACAGCUCAAUGUCCCGUCCAGCACUGGGUCAGAUGAUGAACAACACCUUGCAGGCUGCUCAGCAAUCAUCCGUUCCUCUCAGGGACAUCAUUUUGUAGAUCCCUCGGCACCCACUUUGCGCGAGGCUGCUUUCUGGGUCUAUGUCCGCCAAUGCCUUUAUAAUGCUACCAUUAACCAGCAGCCUCCUGACAUUGACUUCUCACUGAAGUUGCACCCAAGCCCAGGCCAAAUGCGCGAUGCGCAUCCAUUGGCCCGUUUAAGGUUAGAGACGGCGUGGGCCAACCAGAUGACAUGGAAUCUUGCCCGUGUCGUCAAUUUUUGCUUUGAUGGCAACGAAUAUCCGAACGAGAGAGCUCAUAGACCGCAACGAUGGCAAGAACUAUGGGACCUUGUUCAGAAAUGGUUACAAGAUAGGCCACAAGGGUUCAAUGCCAUUUUCGAAGGCCCUGUUGACAAUCAGUCCUCCUUUCCCGACAUAUGGUUUACGGCCGACUGGCAUGUCGUCUCAUUUGGCUUUUACAACUUCGCUUGUAUCAUGCUGUUACGUUACAAACCGGGCCCGAAGUUCGCCAUCCGGAAUGUCAGCAGUUUAUCGCCGACCGACCAUCAAAUUUUAUCACAUGCACGAGCCAUAUGUGGAGCCAGCAAAAGCUCACCGGAGACUGUGCCCCUGGCGAUCACCGUCUGUCAUACCAUCUUCAUCUGGGGACCGCUUGUUUUGGACCCGAAAGAGAGGGGUCAAGUGGUUGAGAUUCUCACCAACUUUGAGAAGAACCACGUCUGGCCAACAACCUGGAUCAUCAACGCAGUCAAAGAUGAAUGGGGUGUGUCAGCCACUCCGGCUUCACCAACUUAG